ACGUUCAGCACACAAGCAGAUAUGACGAAAAUCCGUUUGUUGUUGAAAUACAGUACUUAAUUAAAAAAAACUUCAUGUGCGUCUUCCACCAUGCAGGUAAAUAUCCCCUUGAUACACCACUUCCACAAAACUCAUCACUAUGGGAAGAGGAGGGAUGUUGAUAAUUCCUUGACCGAUAAAUCGCCGUACCGACGAUGAAUCUGAAGUGAUGUUUUAUCAAGCCACUGAUUCUAUCAAUUUUGACAUUCAUGCUACGUUUUUUGCAGUUCAAUGCUGCAGUGAAUUUAUCAAGCACAGGAACAUCGAUUCUAAGACCGAUGAUGCCAAUGAAGUCUGUGUGCCGCGGAAAGUUCAUUUCACUGAUGUAGAAAAAUUGUCUUAUGCUGAGCAAACAAAAAGCCCCAGAGAGUUUUUUGACUUGGUCACCACCUUGGACGUGUGCGGCAUAGAGUUGUGGGAAAUAAUAGAGGGCCGUAUUGAAAGGGCCAGAAAGGAGCAAGAUGAAGAUUUUGCUAAAGAGCUCGGAAUAAUUGUAGACUCUGCUGGCUUACAACUGACCAUGCCUUACCAAUGGUUUAUGUGGUACCACCAGGACGGGGAAUGGCGCUGAAAGUCAGACAGGACUCUUUACUCACUAUGGAAAUGACGACUUUUCAAAAUAUGACUCUAAUAGACAAUUUUUCUUUUAUCUAAGUUUUUAAUAAUCUCUAUUGUUUUUAAUUAGUGUAUGCUCCUGUUAAUUAUCAACCAAAUAAAAAAGAUCGCUUGCCAUAACCUUAUUUCUAAAAAACAGUUUAAAAUAUUAAAUGUUGUUUUUAGAAAACGUGUACAAAUAAUAAAUGAAUAAAUAAACACUGCCAAUUAAAGCUGUUAGCACGAGUUUUCAGUAGUCUACUGUACAGUAUAAUAUCAAAGAACUAACUGAAAAACCAAAGUAGAACGUGGUGUGUCUACCAGCUUAAAAAACAUUACCAAUAAAUCGAAACAUUCGAAAAUAGCGGAGGUUUUAAUCACACCAAGAAGGUCAGUAACUCGCAUAUAGUAUCCCAUCCCAUCCCACACACGUCAAAACUCAUACUUUAGAGUGAAUAUUCAGUUGUUCUAAGAGUUUUUUCUCUUUGAAGUUAUAAUGCAUCAGAGAACUGCGUAGUACAUACCCAGAAAUACAAUUUUUAAUCAGGUAAAUGCCCAUUUGAGCUUUAGAUGUCAAUAAGGCAUUUCAAUUUUUAAUUUGUAAAUCCACCACUAUCUUU